GCAGAUACCAGGGACAUUAUCUCUUGCUGGAAUCAGAUUAUCGCCCUUUUUUCCUGUUUAUGUUUCACAGGUUGCCUUACAUCGAGUAUUAUCAACGAAAAGCUGGUGAGCCUCGGUGUCAAUAAGGCUGAAGAGCAAUCACCAUCAGAUCGACAACUUCAGACAUCUGUCGUCAGGGUUCAACUUCGAACCGGACAAUCAUGGCGACCCAGAAAGUUGCUGCGCCGAAAAUUACCAUAGAUACUUCGGGUAUAUCAGGAGAAGACGCGAUAUCACCGACGAGUCAGCCUUUAUCUCACAGACGAGAAUCUAGCAUGUCAAUGACGCCUCAGUCGCGUCCUGACGAAACCUCAUACUUAUCACCUACGACGCCCAUACAAGGAGCUGGAUAUGACGGAUCAACGCUGAACUCACGGUCAGGCUCUGUACAGUCUGGUGAAGCAUCGACUCGAUAUCGAUCAGAUUCGGCGAUAUCCGCGACCUCUUCUGUAACCUUUUACUCCAGAUCCAGUUUGGAAUAUGAAAAGCCAGAAGACGCCCUCCGACCGGACAAGGGCAAUGAACAGGAUUUUGAAGUCCAGAAUAAUCCUUUUGCCUACACUCCUGGUCAGCUGAAUAAGCUUCUUAAUCCCAAAUCAUUAUCUGCAUACAAAGCGCUUGGAGGAAUCAAAGGUCUUGAGAGAGGUUUGCGCACCAGUCUAACAGCGGGCCUGUCAAUUGACGAGACUCGUCUUGACGGACAAGUCCCAUUCGAAGAAGCAGCAUCGAUCAGCGAUGAAAAAAUGCUCUCAGAUUUACCACUAAAUCCAGCCGAGCCGAUAGCCGAAUCGAUGGUUGGUACCGACCAGUUCCAGGACCGCUUCAGGGUGUACGGCGACAACAGACUUCCCGAACGAAAACCCGACGGAAUACUGCUGUUGAUUUGGAGAGCGUACAAUGAUAAAAUCCUAAUUCUCCUUACGCUUGCUGCCGUGAUAUCACUGGCACUCGGCAUCUAUGAAACAGUCUCCGGUGAUCUUGGUGUGGACUGGAUUGAAGGCGUCGCCAUUUGCGUGGCAAUCCUCAUUGUAGUCAUUGUCGGUGCGGCGAAUGACUGGCAAAAAGAGCGCCAAUUUGUGAGGCUCAACAAGCGCAAAGAUGAUCGUGAGGUCAAGGUCAUUCGUUCAGGCAAAUCCAUCCAGGUUUCUGUCUACGAUAUCACGGUGGGAGAUGUUCUCCAUCUCGAGCCUGGUGACGCAGUGCCGGCCGAUGGCAUUUUCAUUUCUGGUCAUGGCAUCAAAUGUGAUGAAUCCUCUGCGACUGGCGAAUCUGACCAAAUGAAGAAGGCACCCGGCCAGGAAGUCUGGCAACGUAUUCAGGAUGGAACAGCAACAGCAAAAUUGGAUCCUUUCAUCAUCAGCGGCGCCAAAGUUCUCGAGGGCGUCGGCACAUACCUCGUGACAAGUGUUGGCAAAAACAGCUCCUACGGCAAGAUCAUGAUGAGUCUGCAGACCGAGAAUUCGCCCACUCCUUUACAGGUCAAGCUCAGCAAGCUCGCAAAUUGGAUCGGAGGUCUCGGUUCGUCAGCUGCUGGACUUCUGUUCUUCGUUCUUCUGAUCAAGUUUCUUGCGCAUCUCUCGGCUGACACGCGGAGCGCCCCGGAGAAGGCUCAGGAAUUCCUGGACAUCUUGAUUGUGGCAAUCACUGUGAUUGUCGUCGCCGUCCCUGAAGGUUUACCACUGGCAGUAACCUUGGCGUUGGCAUUUGCUACAACAAGAAUGCUCAAGGAGAAUAAUCUUGUCAGGGUUCUUCGCGCUUGUGAGACUAUGGGAAACGCCACGACCAUCUGCUCUGACAAGACUGGCACACUGACUCAAAACAAAAUGACUGUGGUCGCAGGUACACUUGGGACAAGGGACGGAUUUGCAUCCUCGCGCGCGGAUGGAACAUCAGAAGCCAUUCAACCUGUUGCGAUGCUGCGCAAAGUCAGUCCAGAGGUGAAAGAACUCCUUCGACUAUCGAUCACACUCAACAGCACGGCUUUUGAGGGUGAAGAAAACGAUGUUCCAAGUUUCAUCGGUUCGAAGACGGAAGUAGCAAUGCUCUUGCUUGCCAAGGAACAUUUGGGUCUUGAUGAUCUGGCUAUGGAACGGUCAAAUCAUCAAGUCAAGCAGCUUAUACCCUUCGACUCGGGUCGAAAAUGUAUGGGCGUUGUAAUCAAGUACAACGGCGGGUACCGACUAUUUGUCAAGGGCGCUGCAGAGCUCAUGCUGGGCAGUGCAACGAAAGCUAUAUCCAACAUCUACGACAACGACUCUGAGGUGACUGACUUGACCGCCGAAGACAGAGAAACCAUCUCAGCAACCAUUGACGACUACGCACAGCAUUCCCUCCGUACAAUCGGCAUGCUGUACAAAGAUUUUCCUCAAUGGCCGCCUUCCGACGCCAAAACUCUCGAAGACGAUCCUAAGAUGGCUGACUUCGAAGACAUUUUCCAUGACAUGAUCUGGAUCGGUGUCGUGGGUAUUCACGAUCCGCUCAGAGAAGGUGUCGUCGAGGCUGUGGCUCAGUGUCAGCACUCUGGCGUUGUGGUCCGUAUGGUCACCGGCGACAACAUCAGCACAGCUCGCGCUAUUGCCAGAGAAUGUGGUAUCCUUCGCAAGGACGAGGAGAGCAUAGUUAUGGAAGGGCCGAAAUUUCGUCAGCUUUCUGACACGGAGAUGGACAAGAUCCUUCCGAAGUUACGUGUUCUAGCACGAUCAUCACCAGAAGACAAGCGCAUUCUUGUCGAAAGACUGAAAAGCCUGGGUGAGACGGUCGCAGUGACUGGCGACGGCACGAACGAUGGUCCAGCUCUGAAGAUGGCCGACGUCGGCUUCAGCAUGGGCAUCGCCGGCACAGAAGUUGCAAAGGAAGCAUCCUCCAUCAUACUCCUCGACGACAAUUUUUCCUCGACUAUCACCGCUCUGAUGUGGGGACGGGCUGUCAAUGAUGCGGUCAAGAAGUUCCUGCAGUUUCAGAUCACUGUGAACAUAACGGCCGUGAUUCUGACCUUCGUAUCCGCCGUAUCCAACGACUCCAAUCACUCUGUUCUAACAGCAGUGCAACUUCUUUGGGUCAACCUCAUCAUGGACACGCUCGCUGCGUUGGCAUUGGCGACCGACGCACCCACCAAGGCAAUCCUCGAUCGCCCUCCGCAACCCAAGUCAGAGCCACUCAUCACUGUCAAUAUGUGGAAGAUGAUCAUCGGACAAGCCAUUUACCAACUUGUGGUGACGCUUAUCCUGUACUUUGCCGGCAUGUCGAUCUUCAGCUACGAAAUGCACCAGCGCACCGAACUCAACACCAUUGUCUUCAACUCGUUUGUGUGGAUGCAGAUCUUCAACGAACUCAACAAUCGUCGACUGGAUAACAAAUUUAACGUGUUUGAGGGAAUUCACCGUAACUUCUGGUUUAUUGGCAUCAACUGUAUCAUGAUCGCCGGUCAAAUCAUGAUCAUAUUCGUCGGAGGUCAGGCCUUUUCCAUCACGCGUCUAAACGGGGUUCAGUGGGCAAUAUCACUGCUGACAGCACUGCCAUGCUUGCUCUGGGGUGUUUUGGUGAGAUGUCUGCCUGAUGCAUGGUUCGCGGUGGUGUUCUACGGCGUCACACAUGCACUGGCCGUGGCUCUUCGACCGGUGUGGAAGCUCCUGCAUAUCAUCUUGCACCCUGUGGCAAGCAUGUUCCGUGCCAUCACUCGCUUCUCCAAGCGUACUAUGCAGAGAAUGACAGGCAGGAAGACUUCUGCCGACGAAGACGAGAGCACUCAUGCAACCGGCCAGGAGCAAGUGACGGAAAUGAACUCGAUGAACGUUGACGAGGAAGCUGGCAUUUCCCCUACGUCGACUUCCAAGCAAGCUGAGAAGGCCAACCUCGAUUCAAUCCCGAGUCCCGAAAACCGGACACAACCAAGCACUCUACCUGUACCGUCGGUGUCGGUGAUCGGACCUAGCUAAAGCUUAAGGACUGGAAAGGUGCUGAUAUUGGCAUCGAGUGGAGUCAGCAAGCGAUGUCAGGUCUCCUAUUCACGCAGGCAGGGACGCUCCCUAACCUUUCCGAUUCAAAUCUUGUCGAUAUUUAUCUCUUGUCUAUGUAGGUUGUCGGUGUUUGGCGGCUGUAUGGUUCUACACCCGCACGUUGGGAACAGCUUCAUCCGAGGGAAAACC